UCACGUGGACCCGACCUGAUGAAAAAAGCGGAAGCAGCGCACGCCGUUUUCCUAAACAGAAGUAUUCGCGUGCAGUGAAAGGCAAAGAAGUGAAACAUCAAAAGAAGAUGGAGGAUCCAUUUUGUGUGAAAAAAGUGAUUGUGUACAGAAGUAACUGCAUGGACAACAUUUGUCAAUGGUUAUUUUUUUUGAUGGGUUUGCAUUAGGAUGAAAUAAUUGAAUUUAUUUUUGUGAAGGUCACUUUGUCAAAAAAAAACCCAAGUGCAGAGAGUUAGUUCUAACAAGGGCCUUUGCCUAAGAAGCAUUCCUAGGCCAAGUAUAUGAACUUUAAUUUUGUGGGACUUUUCUGCACUCUCCUGUAGUGACAUUAUAUUGGCCUUUAUAAUGUCAAAACAGACACACUUAUUCAUGGCAGUGGCCACUUUACUUGGGACAACAUUAGGUUGUUUAGUUGUCUGGAAAGCUGUCAGAGAUCAGAAACGAAAAGUGACACAGAAGGAGAAUGGAGAAUCUAAAAGAUCUGAGGAGGAGACAGAAAGUGAGGAUCUGUAUUUGCCUGCCCUUCCUCAGGCUGAUGAACUUUUGACCGUGCAGCCGGUGCUUGUGUCCUGUAAAGAAGAGUGGGGGGAGAUGUGGCCAUCUUUACAGAAGGAUCUGGCUGUGUAUCCUGUCUUGGGAAUGGACUGUGAAUGGGUGUCUGUAAAUGGAAAACCAGGCCUGGUUUCAUUGCUUCAAAUUGCCACAUUUAGUGGCCUCUGUGUUCUCAUUAGACUGCCAAAACUCAACAGGAAUGACCAGACACUACCACAGACCCUCCUAGAUAUCAUGCAAGACGCCGGUGUUCUAAAAGUUGGAGUUGGAUGCUAUGAAGAUGGGGAUAAGCUGCUGCAAGACUAUGGAAUUGUAGUAAAGUGCACAGUGGACCUGCGGUAUCUGGCAAUAAGGCACAGUCGAUCUCUAAUCCAUAAUGGACUAAGCUUGAAGACCUUAUCUGAAGAUAUUCUUAACUUCUCUCUCAACAAGUCCCUAAAUCUAAGGUGCAGUAACUGGGAAGCUGAUCAACUUUCCCAGGAGCAGAUCACUUAUGCAGGCAGGGACGCCCAAGCAUCUGUUGCCUUAUUCUUCCAUUUGCUUGGUUUGGUCUCAGAAGGCCCACUUAAAGAAAGAGGGACACAACAGCUUUUAGCCAAGUGUCAGGGUCUUAUUGAUAUACCUUUCAAACUAAGAGGGAGUGAAGGAGAGAAUGAAGAUGACAGCUUUUCAGAAAAGAAAAAAAGAAGCAAACGUUUAGGUUCUGAAGGCAAGCAAUGUCUGGAUCAAGUAGCAGACCCUCGUAAAAAUAAGAGGAAACCCCUCGGUGUUGGGUACUCGGCAAGAAAAUCCCCACUAUAUGACAACUGUUUCCUUCAUGCACCAGAUGGACAGCCAUUAUGCACUUGUGACAAGAAAAAAGCCAGGUGGUACCUUGAAAAGGGUAUUGGAGAACUGAUUAGUGAAGAUCCGUUUAUAGUGAAGCUUACAUUUGAACCAUCUGGAAGGCCAGAAUCUCAGCAGGAUUACUACCUCACUGCCAAGGAAAACCUCUGUGUUGUAUGUGGAAAGACUGAUUCAUACAUUAGGAAAAAUAUUGUUCCUCAUGAGUAUCGUCGUCAUUUUCCAGUUGAAAUGAAGGACCAUAACUCUCAUGAUGUCUUACUUCUGUGCACAUCUUGUCAUGCCACAUCAAACUAUUACGACACCCUACUAAAACAACAGCUUGCUGAAGAGUAUAAUGCACCUUUGGGAUGCGAGGAUGGAGUACGUCUGCUUGAGGAUGGUGAUAGGAGGCAGGUACGUUCCGCGGCACGAGCACUGCUAAAUGCAGAAAGCCUACCUGAAAGUCGGAAAGUGGAGCUCCUGAAGCUAAUACAAGAUUUCUUUGGGAUCAAGGAAGUGACUGCUGAGAAGGUGCAAGAAGCAGCUGGACUGGAAACCAGGAUCUUCAAUGAAAACUAUGUUCCUCAUGGCCUGAAGGUAGUCAAGAUGAAUGCCAAGGGUGGGCUUCUUGGGCUAAUGGAGCUGGAAAAGCGUUGGCGGCAACAUUUUCUAACUGUAAUGAAGCCACAGCACCUGCCCCCACUGUGGUCUGUUGAUCAUAACCACAGCAAACUUUUACGCAAAUAUGGGGACCAGCUUGAUGUUCAGCUCCACUGAGACUGAAGGCAGCCAGCCUCUUUAACAGAUCAUUGCAUAAAUUGCUCUGCUUCAAAACAUCAAGGAACCUAGGCCUGUCAAACCUAACUUUUAGAUGUGCAAUUAAUGACAUUUUCAGAAGCACACAAUUCCAGGUCUGCUCACAAUUUAACCGGACACAUCUUAAUUCAUUUUUAGGUUGGCUUUGAAGUAAUCAGAACCAGCUAUAAGUGAGCCGUUACACAUUAAGCAUCAUUUCUCCUCCCGGAUGUGCAAGUUUAUUUUUUGUCUUUGGGAGAUUAAACAAUUUGUGUGCUUAUCUGCCCCUUACACAAUAACAUUUCCAAUAAUAUUUGGUGCUGUCUCCCUGUUGAUAGUAGAAUGGACUUCUGUUGAACAAGAAUGAUGCAUUUCUUCAAAGUAGAAAGCUGUGGUCAACUGUGUAAGACAUGUCCUGCACCAUAUUACAGUCAAUUCCUAUACACUGCACUCUUCAGUUUUCAGAAAUUACCUACUAAUUUCAGUUUUGGCAAUGGUGUCCACUGUUAUGAAAUUUCCCGUUUCUCUUUUUACCAAGUACCUCCCCAUACCCUGUGGAGAGCUCUCUCCUGCUGGAUUGAAAAUUAGGAUUGUACCAAUUUUGACUGGAUAUCUGUUGUGUUGAACUAACUAUGUAUGUAUAUAUUUUUAGUGUAGAUGUUAACGUCAUGCACAGUGUGCUUCUAAAGGAUAAUAGUAGAACAAAUAUAUUUUUUUCUGUGCAUCAUUAACAGGUUUGUUCUAGAAAAGAUUCCAAAAAGGCCUUUUACAUUUUUAUCUAUGAAAGCCAAAAAAAAAAUAGUCAGUCACCUUCUUAUUAGAAACAUCUCCAUUCUGAGUGUGGCUGAAUUGAGUUCUUGAACUUUAUCUUCUUCAAAAGACUAAGUUGGGAUCUUCAUAACCGUACUUGCAAUGGAGAUAAUGUUAAAAAGUGAUUUAUCUGUUUUGGAUUUGGAGGCUUUUUUUGUUUUUCUUUUGAUUUUGUUCCACCUGGUAUGUUUGAAUUGGUGCUACAUAAAAAGGAGAAUGUAACCUUUAUUGGGGUAUGAUAAAAUGUAAAAUUAGUUUUAACACAACAAAAUUUUAAAGAGUGAUCCAUCCUUUGCAAUUAGAAUCAGGAGCUCCGUUAUUUCAUUGACCAUUUACAAGUCUUUACUGAGUCAGAAAGCUGAUGCUUAACCUUUUUCAUUUUUUUUUUUUGGAAAACCUCUUCCUUCAGAGUUUGGGUUGCUAAUGUUCCUCAGAACACUCGCAUGCAGUCUGCUCACCUUAACACAUGAAGGGGAUGUAAUUAAAUUUUUGUGCCUUUUGUGAGGUUUGGCAAGGCUGACAUUUUCAUAUUCCAGCUGAUGUGUUGAGCUGUGUUUUAAGUUUUUAAUAUAGAAAAGCACUUGAGCCCAUAUAACUUGUAUAAAGGGGUAUGGUGUGAUUGUACUGAACACUGCUGAGCAAAGGUGAAAGAAAUGAAAUUUGUAUCAGUUUAAGACAGCAGGCAGAGGGUGGUAUGGGGAGGGUGGGUGGUGGUGAUGGACUUUUAAAUGUGAACUUUUAAUUUUGUGCAAACUGAAGAGUGGUUUAUUCUAAUUUUAGUAAAUACUUUGAGCACUAAGUACUGUACCCAAAUAUGAAAUUGCUAUGAACAUUUUAAUAUGAAACAAAGCAUUUUGAUGCUAGGAACUGCUGCUUUGUUUCCUUAAUUAAAGCUCAUCUAUGUAA